GCACAUUUCAACUGGAUUCAUCUGUAAAAAUCCGUCAUGAGAAGAGGGAAUCACCGAUCGAAGACCGGAGAAACCCUUGGGAACACCGAUACUUCGUGUUAUCGACCAGAUUUAGAUUCGAAACGAAGGAAAAGGGUGACUUUCGCCGGUGUUGAUGACCAAAGUCCAUCGAAUGAUAACCCAGAAGGUCACGCAGGAAGAACUGUUGAAGCCAAAACGUCGGAGUAUGCGUUCUUCAAGAAACUAAAGUCAGAUGCUAAUCUUCGGUUUGGAUCCAAAUUGCAUAACAAUGUUGUUCAGAAUUCGAAGAUGUUCAAAUCCAAUGUCAGAACCCAAGGAAGCAAUGAUAGAGACAAAGAUGGACACAAGGGAUUUAGCUUCUCCACGCCUGUUGGAACUGCCGGAGGCAGUGAGAAAGACUUGAAGCAAUCUUCUCCAGCGUUCAGGGAUAAGAAUUUGAGGCCAGGGGAUAACAGCACAAGACAUGGAGGAAUCGCUAAUCCUACAGGAGAUGUGUUUUCUAUGAAGAGGAACAGACUUCUUCAGUGGGUGAGAGACAUCUGGUUCCCUGAUGCCACGGAACUUGGCUCAAGCGGGUGUGAUUUAGUUCCUGUUCUCCUAACUCGGCUGUUUCCGGAAGCUGAGGAUAAACACAUUUCUAAGAUCCGCAGGAAGGAGAAGGCAGACAGUGUUGAAAAACCGAAGUUUCUUGAUUCUGCUGGAUCGAAAUUUCUCAACAGGUCCCAUAAAUGCUAUAUGGAAGUUGAACAGAGGCCGCCACAUACAGAGAAUGGCAGAUCCAUCAUUUGGCUGGGUUGGCCGGAAGCGAGCAUUGCGCCUGCUCUGCAGUUUCCAACAGCUCAUGGUCACAACAGUUUCAACCUGAGAGAUCCCGAAGAGAUUAGCUUUUCCAUCUCAUAUCCUAAGGGUGGUUCAUUCUAUAGACCUCCAUUCUUGAAACAGAAGUCAUUGGUGUCAUGUUCUGAUGAAGGAAACCUGAGCUGUUAUCCCAUCUCAAGCCCCAGGUUCAGAAACUAUAAGCUGCUUUCACCAAUCUAUCACAGAGAAGAAGAUGGAUACAACAGACAUGGGAGAUUGCCCCAUGAGUUGGAGGAACCCACAUUACUUCUUGAAUGGGAUCCAUUGAGCAGGAGAAAUACAGAUGAUUUGCCGCUUAGUUAUCACACAAAGCUCAUCACAUUACCAAAUGCGUCAACAUCAUCUGGGGAUGAUCAUCCAUGGCACUUUGAUGAUGCAUCUCAUGAUUUGAGUACCAAGGAGCCAUGCUCUUUACCUUUGAUUCCUCAUAAUUCUGCAGACAGUUUCUUUUUCCCGAUCACAAAUCCAACCGGCCGUUUUGGGGAAGAACCUGGAAGGCCUGUUAUUGGAGACGAAAAUGCAGUCUCACGCAUGAACCUACAUACUGUUCAUGGCAUAAAUAGUUCUAAUGGUCUAACCAGAGACACUGGAUAUUAUCAUCAACUUCCCCACUCACAGGUGGAACAUUACCCUUAUGCUUAUCAGACCAUGUGCUUGCCAUUUUCCAGCUCUGGAGAUGCCUACAUGUUGGAAGCUCCUAGAAGAACCGAUGCUUUCAGGCCCCAUGAUUGGUCUCAGGGCUUGGAUUGAUUCACAGGAGAAGUACGGUCAUCUCGUAACUUUGAACCUCAGGUGAACAUAUCUCCACCUGAGCUCGGUGCCCAAGGUACGCCAAUUCUCACAUUCACUUUGCGUUAGGAAUAUUUAGGAGCAUUCUGAAUGUGUGACUAUAAUUCACACAUUCAAGUGCAGAAGGCAUAACUUAUGAAAUCACUGAAUACAAUUUUCAUCAUCUUGCAAGCUCACACUAUCCAAAAGAGAUGUGAUGGAUCUUUUAGAUGGUAUGUGUCAUGAGAUCCAAAGGGUUUAGGACGAAUGUGCAAGUAAAAACAGAAUUUGAUAGGCUUAGAAACGUGGGACCAAA